AUGGACCGAAUUGACUGGCACUAUUUAUUCAAACAACGUUACCAGCUCGAACAGCGAUGGAGAAAAGGAAGCGUGCUGACCCACUACCUAAUCGGACACAAAGACAGUGUUUAUUGCCUUCAGUUUGACAAACACAAGAUCGUAACCGGCAGCAGAGACAAGACGAUCAAGUUCUGGGACAUGGCUACAUACUCACAUCUACAGACACUCGAAGGGCAUGAGGCCAGCGUACUGUGUCUGCAGUAUAAUGAACAUAUCAUGGUUUCUGGAUCAUCAGAUACCACCAUCAUUGUUUGGGAUAUGUACACUUGUCAACCCAGAAUGAGAUUGAGAGGACACAAGGCAGGCGUAUUGGACGUCAGUUUUGAUGAUAGAUACAUUGUCAGUUGCUCAAAGGAUACAUCUAUUCGGAUAUGGGAUAUCAACACUGGUGCUUUACUGAGAACCAUUAUGGCACACCAAGGCCCAGUCAAUUCGGUACAGCUCCAGAACAAUAACAUUGUAUCUGCAUCAGGAGACGCACUUAUCAAGAUGUGGGAUGUUACUACCGGUGCAUGUAUACGCCAAUUUGUCGGCCACACUCGCGGCCUAGCAUGCGUCCAAUACAAGGGGAAUCGAAUAGUGAGUGGAUCCAACGACAAGACAAUCCGAGUAUGGGAUGCAGAUACUGGAAAAUGCUUGAUGGUUUGCAAGGGCCAUACAGAUCUAGUCAGAACUCUUGACUUUGAUGACGAGAGAAUUGUUAGUGCAAGCUAUGAUCAAAGCAUCCGUGUAUGGGAUAUAAAGACUGGAGAUUCUCUAUUAAACUUUCAGAGUGGACAUAGUAGCUGGGUACUCGAUGUUCAUUUUGACAAGAACAGAGUUGUUAGUGCAAGCCAAGAUAAGCGUAUUCUUAUCAUGGAUUUUUCUGCUGGUCUUGACACGCAUCUCAUCACUUGA